AGGCCCCCCGGAUAUCUGGUGCCCAACUUUACGAUCCAGAGGAGCUCCGCCCUGUGACGUUGGGCGAGGCUCCAUCUGGGGUUCAUCUCGAGGACAGUCACCCGGACGGAAGACCAACCGUGUCGGACAAAGUGCUGGACCAGACUAUAAAGGGCCUCCACUUCUUCGCGUGUCAAAUUGGGGGUGACCGCAGGUGCGCAGCCCGAGCCGGACAAUGUGAGCCCAUCGGCCUGGACCAUCGCCUGGAAUUCCGGAGGCAAAAGUCCAGGUGUUGUGGAGUGCCUGGGACAAAAGAAGUGCCUGGGACAGAAGGCCACUUACCCGUCGCCUCCCCCGGCGCCCCAGGGAGAUGAGGGACCCGAUCGGGAGGCGAGCAGAGAGGGGAGGGGGGAGGAGGAAUAACAUGGAGCCCCCCACGGUCCUGUCCCCGCUGAGUUGGGACCCGUCGGAGGACGUGGAAGAGUUGUGUGGGGACAUCAUCGGCGAAUGCUCCAAGCGAUCCUGCUCCUCGUCCCGAAGAUCCAGGAGCGGAGCCACGGAGACUGCGGACCCCUGUGGUGAUCCGGGCGGAAGUGCCCUGCGGCGUGUGGGAGGAGACUGGGUCGGAGGAGUCUCCCGUGUGGUGUCGUCCACAGGGCGGCGUUUCUCCCUCUGCUCCCUAGGUGGUUCCCUGGCUGCAGGAGCCGGCGGACGGCGGGGGAGGAAGAUCGGGGCCAUCCGCAAUGGAGGGACCGCUGCUCGAUCCACCUCCGGAGACCAGUCUGAGCGGGGGGCGUCGGUGCUGGUGGCCACCGAUGCACGGGUGACGGUCUGCACUGGAGGGCUCCCUGCCCGUACCACGCCAGGAGUCCUAUCUGCGCCGACAGGAUCUGUGGCGGUGGCCACCGAUACCAGGGCGGCGGGCCGGGGUGGCGAGGAGUGGACCGGGUGUGGCACCUCAGUGUUGACAGGGAGGUCGUCAAAAGCCCUGACAAUCCGAGUCUCGGCCUGCCGGAGAGUGUCUCCCAUCAGUCUGCGUCCCAGAUGCUUCCUGGUCCAUGUGGAGGCCAGCUGGAAAGCGGGUCUCCAGUCCUCACCAAUAAAUUUGGUUAAUUUGUCCAUUUCCUGGUUUAUUGGGGGGUACAUUCCUCCUAAAAGCGUCCUGACGCUGAUUGCGUGUCUGCUUGGGACGGGCAUGAUUGCGGGGACGCCUUUGUGGGACGUGGAGGAGUGCGGGGACGCCUUUGUGGAUAAUGUUCAGGCCUAUAAUGUGUUUGAGGACGGGGAGGAUUGCGGGGACGCCUUUGGGGAUACUGUUCAGGCAUAA